CGUAGACUCGAUGGUUCAACCCGGCAGCUUGUGUCCCCGCCCUGUGGGGGAAGCGGUGCUCGCGGCGUGACCCGGAAGUGCUACGAGCCUGGUUCCGGGUGGGGAUCCCAGCGCCGUUGCGUCCCCCCCCCAGUGUCCUGGCCUAGUCUGCCCCCCUCUCUGCUCCCCCCCGGUUCCUUGUCAGCCGGGCAGCGCAGCGGCGGCGGCGGCGCGUUUGCUGAGCGAGGCCGCGACGGCGGCGCUGGGUCUUCUCCGGGGGGAGCUGAUUCCCAAUGCCCUGCAAUGGAUGAUGACAGUCAGGACGAACUGAUAAACAAGAAUGCUGCACUAGGCAAAAAACCAAAUCUAGUGCUCCUGAGUGAAGCAGAAAGCAAUGAUGGAAAUAGUGGGGAUUCAGAAGACGAUACAGGAAGUGAGGAAGAAGAUGGCACUGAUGAAGAUGGGGGUGAGGAGGAUGAGGAAGAAGGUGAAGAUGAAGAUUUAGAGGAUAUUCAAGAUUCUGAAGAUGAGGAAGAAGAUGACUAUGCUGAAGAGGAAGAAAUGGAAAGUGCUGUUGGGGAAACAACCGUUUCUCUGAAAACAACGCCACAGGCAAAUGGAGGGGACAUUUCUUCUGAUGAUGAUGCUGAAAACUGCCCCAUCUGCCUCAACACCUUUAGGAAUCAGGCUGUUGGAACUCCUGAGAGCUGUGCCCAUUACUUCUGCUUGGACUGUAUAGUGGAGUGGUCUAAAAAUGCCAAUUCCUGUCCAGUGGAUCGAAUCCUCUUUAAAUAUAUUUGCAUUCGGGUGCGCUUCGGUGGUGAAAUCUUAAAAAAGAUUCCUGUUGAGAAUACAAAAGCUCAGGAUGGUGAUAGCGGGGAGGAUGAUCCAACCUUUUGUGAGGUGUGUGGCAGAAGUGACAGAGAAGACCGCCUGCUGCUGUGUGAUGGCUGUGAUGCAGGAUACCACAUGGAAUGCCUUAAUCCACCUCUGAGUGAGAUACCUGUAGAUGAAUGGUUCUGUCCAGCAUGUGCACCAGCUAAUGCUGCUGUUGCUGCUGCUGAUACAGAUCAUGUGAGUGAAGAAGAGGUUGCUGCCCUCAUAGCUGAUGUCACCCCUACCACCAGUAGGCUACGUCUUAACGUCCGAACUCGAGCAAUAGCCAGGACUCGGCAGAGCGAACGAGUUAGGGCAACAGUGAACAGAAACCGAAUAACAACUGCACAGCAAAUUCAGCAUGUGCCGAGGUAUCUGAUGUCUUCUCUUCUUGAUGAAACAAUUGAUGCAGUUGCAGCAGGGCUAAGCACAGCGGUAUACCAGCGACCUCUGCAACCACGGGCUCCAACUAGGCAGAAAAGAAAAACAGGUAGAAAGAAGAAAGCAGGCAAAAAAAGAACUCAGACAAAGUCUUCCGUUGGAAAAAAGAGUUCAGGGACGUGGAUCAAGAGACGUAAGCGUCGAGUAAAGAGGAGAAAGGGGAAGAAGAUACGAGUGAAAAAUGAGGUUACUGCUCGCUCCCGUAUUGCAAGAACUCUUGGCCUUGGUAAACCUGUACAUGGAGCUUCAUUCCCUUCUGUGUAUAAAGCGAUAGAACCCUCACUUGGCCUUAUGAGAGCGGAUAUUGGUGCAGCUUCACUGUCUGUGUUUGGAGAUCCCUAUGAACUGGACCCAUAUGACAGUAAUGAAGAGAUUCCAGCCAACCCAGCUUCACCUGUGAGCGCCAAAAGGAGAAUUCUUUCCCAGUCAGCAUUAAGAUCUCAUCGGCCUGUGGCUAGACCCGUUUCUGUGGGACUUUCUGGGAGAAGUGUGCCUGUCUUGAUUCCUGAUCAAGAAACAGAAGCUCCCCCUGCGCCUGACCUGUUGGGAAGCAUCCUGUCUGGACAGAGCCUCCUCAUGAUGAGUGGGUCUGAUGUGGUCAUCAACAGAGAUGGUUCACUAACAGCAAAGAGGGCAGUUCCGUCACUGCAGAGAAACUCACUUAGUGACUUAAGAGUGGAAGGUGGAUCAGGAGAAAAUCUUCAACCAAGUACAUUGCACUCAGGGACCACAGCAAGCAGCUCCAGUGCAGAACCUUCAGUUUCAUUGGGGCUGAAUCCUCACACCAGACCCACCUCAUCAAGCUUAUUUUCAACAUCAUCCUCAUUAAGCAGGUUCAAGAAGGCAGUGAACCCGGCACAGACAACAGCGGGAAGAGCAGCUGUUAGAUUAGAAUAUUCAAUGACUCCUAGAUCUGUUCAGACUCUCAGUGUGGCAAAUCCGAGCAGACCUGGUCUAAAAUCAGAUGAAAUGCCUAGAUUUAAUGGGGAUUCUAAACAUGCAGUGCCCUCUUGCUCCACAUCUUCGAAACCCUUCAACAGUAACUCUAAUUUGAGUUCAAAAAGUGUAGCUGUGAGACAGCUGCUAAAACCAGCAGCUCCCAAGAGGAUUGAUAUCUCUGAGCUUCCCAGGAUACCAAAGAUUAAAAAGGAAGUCGUCAGCAGGCAUUCAGAAUCAGAACCUUCAGGGAACCAAAACUGUGACAUCCCCAGUUCCUGUAUAACCCAGCUGACUGGCAAAGGGAGCACUAAUCAGUCAGGAAAAGGUAGCAAGAUGGAAAGCAACAAGUCAAAUACCAAGGAAUCUCAACAACAGACACACACAAGUGGAGGCUCUUUUUCCACAAAUACAGGUGUCUAUGGGAGUACAACGCUGCUGGGGUCAUCCAGGAGUAAAGGUGUAAGCUCUUCUUUUGAGAGCUUUAAGAUUAAUAUCCCUGGAAACGCAGGGCAUUCCAGCAGACUGUCUAAUCCUGGGUUUUGUAAUACCUUCCGCCCUGUAGACAACAAAGUGCAACGGAAAGAGAAUCCUUCCCCUCUCUUCUCAAUUAAAAAACCAAAGCAGAUCAAAAGUGAAAUAUUAUACGAUCCCUUUGAUCCAACAGGCUCAGAUUCAAGUUCAACAAACAGCAGUCCUGAAAGGCUUGUCUCAGGGGUGCCGCUAACAAAUAUCACCAGAACCAUUUCGAUUGAAAGUCCCAGAGUUCAAACAUUUCAAACUGUACGUCGUUUUACCCCUUACACGGUAGAAAAUAUCUUUGGGUCGGGUGCUGAAUCAUCUGAUGUUCCAUCAAGUAACACAGAGUCUCAUGAUGAUGUGACAAUAGAGGGUAGGAUUGUGGAACAGAUCUCCGAUACUGAACAAGAAAAAAUGGAUGAGGAAGAAUCUCAAAGCAGUCCCUGUACUUCCUCUGCAGUCAAACGAACUUCUAAUCUGGAGUAUUUAAAAGAAGAAAGCAGAGAAAGUCCUCGUGUGUUCUUUGAUGCAGAAGACCUAGCUAGAGCUAAUAUGAAGCUGGAGCCAGAUAGCCACUCUAGUAAUGAUGGGCAGCAAAAAAUCCAUAAAAGAGAACAAGUGGAGAGAGAGUCACGUUCCCGAUCCCGGUCAAACUCCAGCUCCCGAAGCCGGAAAAAAUUGAAAAGAAAAAAGGCACUCCUCAAAGAACAUAAGAGAAUCCCAUCAAGGUCCAGGUCAAGAACACGCUCGAAGGAAAGAAGCUCCAGGUCCGCCUCUUGGUCAGCUGAAGAGGACUACAGUAAAACGCACAAAUUGAAAUCCAAGAACAGGAGGUCUUCUAGUGAUCGUUCCAGUAGUCAUGAACGAUCAAAAAAAAAGAAAGCAAAGGAUAAAACGAAAGACAAAAAAGCAAAAGGUUCCUGGUCCAGGGACAGAAAGAAAUCCAGGUCACGCUCAGGGAGUCCUGACAGCUCCUCUUUUGAGUUUUAUGAAAGCCGAAAAAAGAAAAGGCAAUCUGGCUCUCGAUCAAGAGGAAGAGAGCGUUCCCGAUCAAAUAGCAUUGAGAGAACUAAAAGGCGGAAGCACAGGAGAGACAAAAGCUAUGAGAGAUAUGAUAAAAAAGAUGAUAGCUCAAGGCCAAGGGAGAGAAAGAGAUCAAGAUCCAGGUCACGGGAGAGGAGAAAAUGGAGAUCUAGGUCACCCUCUGUAUCGAGGUCAAGGGAGCACAAAAGCACUAAAUCUAGGGGGAAAAGGCCACGAUCUAGAUCACGCUCCAAGGAAAGAAAGCACAAGCCAAAAGAGGUGUCAUCGCUUUCUACUCCAGAGAAGGAUCAGAGGUCUUCAGAUGACAAUGUAUCUAGUGUUUUUGUACAUUGUCAUUCUUUGAAACAAGAGCUGGAAGAGCCAACACCAGAAGAUGUUUCCUUAAACCUCCAGUCAGCCAUCAUACCCGAAAAGGAGACUCCAAGAGACACUGCUGUACGACAGGAAAAUGCCCAAGAGAGUGCAGAGAUGGAGCAAAUCUCUGAGGAAUUUACAAAUGAAGCUGCACCCCCGCUGCCAGAGAACACAAAUUUUCUUGCUUCACACGACAAUAUAGAUGCUUCCCUUGAGAGGGAAUUAAUAGAUGGGACUGAUUCAGCUGUGGUUAGUAGCCACAACAGUGUGAACCUGGAGGAGACUACAACUAAAAUAGAAGAUAUUCAAGUGUGUCCAUCUCUAAUAGAAUCACCUCGAGAGAAGGACAUUAUUGUGCAGGAUGAAAGUGACGCAACACCAACCCAAAGCUUAUCUGAAAAUAAAGUUGUGGAGUGUGUGAAAGAUGCUAACGAUGAGUGCCCCGUGUUAGAUAAAAAAGCCAAUGAUGUAAAUAAGCCUGAGCUGGAGGCAGUAUCUCAGGGUCCUGUGUUGAAAGCUAAAGCACUUGUGAAAAGGGUUACAUGGAAUUUACAGGAGGAAGAAAGUGAUGCAUUGACUGCUGAAAAAACACCAAGGGUGCCGUUUUACAAACUUCAGAGAGCAAAGGAAGGGGCCUGGAAAGCAGAGGACUUGAGCCAAACAUUAAAUCAGGUAUACAGUCAAAACAUACCUUUGACACCACCUCUGCCCUCAAGCCUGCCACCCUAUGCACCAGUCAGUCAGCCCACAGUUCAGUUCAUAAUGCAGGGGAGUCUUCCUCUGCUUGGCUGUGUGGCAGGACAGAGUUUGACUCCAGAGCCAGACAGCCUGGCUACGGCUUCUGAACCAGGAAAUCAGGCUGCUUCGGUUGGAGAUGUGGAAGAGAAAAUCAAAGCACCUAAACCUCCACUGGAUAAAACAAAAAAUGAAGAAUAUAUGAAGAAACUCCACAUGCAAGAGAGGGCUGUGGAAGAAGUGAAACUUGCCAUUAAGCCCUUUUACCAGAAGAGAGAGAUUACCAAGGAGGAAUACAAAGAUAUUCUCCGAAAAGCAGUACAAAAGAUUUGUCAUAGCAAAAGUGGAGAAAUCAAUCCCAUGAAGGUGGCCAAUCUGGUAAAGGCAUAUGUUGAGAAAUACAAACAUAUGAGGAAACACAAGAAGACAGACACUGAAGAAGAUCUGCAUGAAAUGGAGAAUUGAAGUAAGACCCAUCAUGAGGCAAAUUGGGGUUAUUCUGGCCAAGGACAUUAUUCUGGAGGGAAUAAAUAGUCUGCAGUUGCAUCUCAUUGGAAAGAAGACAUAAAGAAGCUGGGUAUAAUAGGAUUUAUCUGCCGAAAGAAGCUUGAAUUGUUUUCCACGUGGGAAUAGAAUUUCUUGUCUUGAAUGAACUCCCGUUGUAGAUCCAAAUGACAGAAAUCAAAUGCUCCCAAACCAGCAGCAUAGUUCAGUGGAGACUUAGAAAAUAUUAAAACUUUGGGGGCUCUCAAGUUGCUACAGUUUUUAGGGUUUACUUUGAUCACAUUUUUGGUCUGUGCACCUGUCUUGCUAACAGUUUAAAACUGGACACCAUUUUUAUAUUCAGAACAUAAAGAGAGAGACUGUUUCCAUUGUGUUAUUUAUCAAACUAUGGAUUGUCUUUAAAAACUUCUCAUACGUUGAUUUAAUACUUGAAAUGUGGUAUUUUUAGCCUGGUCGAUGGUGAGUGAAACUUUGACUCGCUCUCAGUCGUACAGGAGUUGCAAAAGUGAGCUAACCUUUAUAAAUUGUCUUCAGAAACCACUGCUCAAGAUGUGGCAUUUAUUUACAUUUUGUUGAGUAUCUUGUUAAUGAGAAUCUUAAAUUUUUUUUGAGGGGGGGGGGCAGAUUAUGUUGCAAUUUUGUAAAUAACGUGCCGAUGGUUGUUUUUGCGUUUUACUGAGCUGCCUUUCAGAGAAAACAAAGAGCAAAGGUUGUGAAUUUUCAGUAACAAGCUUGAGGAGUGAGAGGGAACGAUGUACAAAGCAGAAAUGUGAAAGAAUUUAUAAAGUUAUUUUGAAUGGUUUUA